AUGCCUUCAGCCACCAAGGAGAAGAAGCUUCUCGAGGCUCGACUUCUCAUCGCCAAGCACAACACCAAAAAGAAGCCUCCUUCCGGCAAAGAAAACAGCAAUGGGAAGACGGUCAAGAAGGGACAACAAGACGAAAAAGGCGGGGCAAAAAAACCCUCGAAAGAGGGGGCCAAGGCGAGAAGAGCUGCCACAGUCAAAUGGAAACGGGGGAUCUACCACCACUACACUGACAGCCUCCUCACGAUCAUCGAGGAUAAGCCACGCUACCGUCAGGCUUUCGGGUUCUCGAAGGACCAGUCUACACCCGUUUCAACUGGUGGCCAGCCCGUGGCUGAGCUCCAUGCUGAAGUGGCGCAGAGUCUCUUUUUCGAGACAGAAGAACCCCCCAAGGGCCAGUCAGAGCUCUCGUUUUGUAAAGAUGACCUCUCUGCACUUGCUAAAGCAUCAUACAGGUUGAAGAAGUUGUACCGUGAGCAUCAGGCAACACUUGGAGCAACUGGGGAAGGCUUACUCGAUGCAGGCCGUCAAGACGAAAUCACAGCUGGAACUCCCUUGGCUAAUCUUUGGGAGGAAGUCAACCAGGAGUUUCCGUGGUUCCUUCGGAUGCACGACCUGCUUGGGACAAAUCCCACUGUGGACCGCUCAGCAGUCGCACACAGUCAGACUUCUGUCAAUACUGCUGUUCUUGAUGUGGGUGCUGGCAAAAAGCGAAAACGGCCCCUGAAACCCUCCAGUGAUGAUGAGUCAGAGGUUGAGGUUGUAGAUGAUGACUCUGGCAAGUCGGAUGGUGACGAGAUGGACAUAAACCUCAAUGAGAAGGAAGAGGAUGAUGCCAGUGCUGCUGAGGAAAUUGAGAUUGACGAUGAUGAUUCUCGUUCUGACAACUAUGCUGACAAAUCUACAAUUCAUGACAAGAUCUACAAGAUUGCUGAGGAAGAUCGUCACCAACGUACUCAAGUAAUCACACUCAAGGAGAAGGAGAAGACAGAGCGGGCUCGCAUUCGUGGUAAGCUCAAGACUGACCUUGAGCUAAAGCGGAUGCAACAUCAGGCUCAGGAGGCUGAUUGCCAGCGUGCACAUGAGAUACAUAUGCUCGAGAUGCAGCAACAGAUGCGUUUUGGCAUUGCUCAGCCACCACCACCACCUCCCCAGCCAUGGGAUGCACCUGGUCCUCAUCAUGGAGGGCCUGCUGGUGGUGCUCCACCUCCACCUUUCCGCUUUCUCAAUGACAACAUCCACCCUGACCUUUGCUAA